UAAAACCAGGAGUCUCACGACUCAGAAUGCAGAAAAUCGGAGCAGUCGACACCCACCGAGCAAGAAGUUCAAUCAAGACUUCAUUCAAGGGAGUAUGCAUUCAAACAUGAAACUGUGGAUCGGCUGGGCAGCAUGCGCCUUCCUCUUGUUCGCCUGCUUGGGAACUCUAACGGAAGGGUAUCCGACAAAACCCGAUAACCCUGGAGAGGGCGCACCUGCGGAGGAGCUCGCCAAGUAUUAUUCUGCACUGAGACACUACAUCAACCUCAUAACAAGGCAGAGGUAUGGCAAAAGGUCCAGCGCUGACACCUUAAUUUCAGACCUUCUGAUUGGUGAAAGUAAGGAGGAGUCCCACCCCCAGACAAGGUAA